AUGUUCAGUGACGAUUUGGCAAGAUCAAUUGCUUCCUGUUUUGCGCUGAAGAUAUCAAGAUACAGAGAAGGAUUAGAGGACCGGACGACUACGAACGGUUCCAGUGCGAUCGUAACACUGUCGAACUGCUCAAUUCAAAACGCUGUACCAUGCAACGAAGACAAAUGUCGCGUUGCGCAACUGCGUCAUAGACAUAACUACACAUAUUUGCUUGGAACAAACGGAUUGAAGACCAGCUCCCAUGAAUGUGACCUUGGUGUGAACCUACAGUGUGACCUAAACUGUUCGGUACAGGCCGAGGUAGCUGCGAAAUGA